AUGAAGGCCUCCAUCUUCUCCAUCGCCGCUGCUGUUGGCCUCGCCUCAGCCCAGUUCGCCUCUGUCGAAAACCACUGCGACAAGACCAUCUGGGUCCAGUCCUUCCCCUACGACGGUUCCGCUCCCGGUCCAGCCUCCGCCAUCGAGCCCGGCCAGCAGCCUUGGCAAGAGUCUUUCCGCCCCGGAGGCAGCACUGUCAAGAUCUCCGACUCUCGCAACUUUGACAAUGCUCUCCAGUACGGCUACUCCUUUUCAAGCAACCCUGACACGGCCUACUACGAGUUUAGCAACGUGCACGGCAACCCAUGGGCUGAUAAGCACAACAUUCUGAGCGCUGGCCCCGGCUGUGAGUCCUUUGACUGCGCUCCCAACGACUACAACUGCUACAGCAGGGGUACCCGUACCCUUCACUGCCCACAGCCCGUCAACAUUACAGCCCAGAUCUGCGUCUAA